AUAGCUGCAGCGGUCGUGACUCGUGCGCCUGUCUGUGUGGCUGGAGCGGCACUGCAGAGGAUUUGCUGCGUGUUGUUUUUUCAACAGCGCGCCGACACCCUUGGAGCAGUCAGUGUGGUAAAACGAAUUACAGCCGUUAUUACAGUUAAACCCAUCGGGACGUUAGCAGCAACAACCCAUUCGCAAGAAAUAUGAGUCACGAAUGAGGUCCACAGGAUGUCGUUCAAGAAGGAGACGCCCCUGGCUAAUGCUGUGUUUUGGGCAGCUCGGAAGGGGAACUUGGCCCUGCUUCAGUUACUGCUCAACAGUGGCCGUGUGGAUGCCGACUGCAGAGACAGUUUUCGCACCACAGCCCUGAUGGUGGCGUCCUACAAUGGCCACAGUGACUGUGCCAGUGAGCUGAUCAUGCAGGGAGCUGACAUUAACCUGCAGAGAGAGACAGGCUCCACUGCCCUCUUCUUCGCUUCCCAGCAGGGACACAAUGAAGUAGUGAAGCUCCUCUUUGAAUUUGGUGCCUCAACUGAAUUCCAGACAAAGGACGGUGGCACAGCCCUCUCUGCAGCCUGUCAGUAUGGCCACUCUAAGGUGGUAGACACUCUUCUGAAGAAUGGAGCCAAUGUUCAUGACCAGCUGCAUGAUGGUGCCACCCCACUCUUCCUUGCUUCCCAGGAGGGUCAUGUGACUGUCAUACGUCAACUGUUGUCAUCUGGAGCCAAAGUUAACCACCCUAGGGAGGAUGGCACAGCCCCCCUGUGGAUGGCAGCCCAGAUGGGACACAGUGAAGUAGUGAAGGUUUUACUUCUGCGUGGUGCAGAUCGGGAUGCUGACAGAAAAGACGGGUCAACUGCAUUAUUCAAGGCAGCUUUCAAAGGACACAACAGUGUCAUUGAGGAGCUCCUCAAGUUUUCCCCUUCAAUGGGCCUUCUCAAGAACAAUGAACUGCCAGCAGAUCUUACAAAGAGUGAUCGCAUCCUGAGUGCUCUGCGACCACAAAUCUUAAAUGGAAGUAGUUGAUGACAAUCCUAGUUCCCACCUUAGACCAUGGUUGUUUUAUGGAGAGAAAUGCACUGAGGGCUCCGAACAACAGAGAACAAACAAACAGGAUUCAGUCACACUACAAUACUUAUAUGGUGCUUGCUUUCAAUUGCAGCUUCAGAAAAUACAAUGCUAUUUGGAGUAAAUGUAACUGGACAUAUCAAUAUGUAGCCUACUACCAAAAUGCAUCUGUUUGUGGCUAGAGUUAUUUUGCCAUGUACAUCCUUUCGUUUGAGGUGUUGUUCUAACUUUGCUGUAUAGUUUUAGUUUCUAAAAUAUUGUAUCCUGGUGCUGUGAUAUUUCUAAAUAUUUUGCAUUUUUUUUAUUUCUGCAAUUUUAGUAAAUGCAAUACUGUACAUUGGGUUAAAUAAAAGAUGAAUGUGGAAGAAGAAAAAAACAUUUAUCCUGUGACCAAGUCAAUAACAUGUGCUAUAAUAACAAGUCACUAGAGGUCAGUGUACUUGCCGUUGGUACCAAUGAUCUAUAUAAACUCUGGAUAUUUAGAUGCUCAGUUUGGCCAUUGAGAGACUUUGAAGCCACCGGUCGGCCAUAUUGGCACUCCAGUAGGAGCAGUCCUCCAUAGCAAUGAAUGGAAUU